AUGUGGAGUGGAGUGGAUUCGCGUCCAUGCCGUUUACGGAGUCUUCCCGUUUUCAGCCUGAAGGGUAAGGUCGUCGUCGUCACCGGCCCCUCAGGUCCCCGUGGCAUGGGUAUCGAGGCUGCCCGCGGCUGCGCCGAAAUGGGUGCCGACAUCGCCAUCAGCUACUCAUCCCGCAAGGAGGGCGCCGACAAGAAUGUCGAGGAGCUGAUCCGCGACUACGGUCGCUUCGUCAAUGACGUCAUUGGGGACUUUGGGAAGAUUGAUGGUUUCGUUGCCAAUGUGGGUGCCACCGCCAACUCGGGUGUCGUCGACGGUUUGGCUGCGGACUGGGAUCAUGUUAUUCAGGUCGACCUUAUCGGCACGGUAUACUGCGCCAAAGCAGUCGGCGCGCACUUCAAGAAGCAGGGCCACGGGUCUUUCGUCGUUACCGCAUCCAUGUCCAGCCAUGCUGGCUGCAUCCACCUAGCCAAGUCUCUCGCCAACGAGUGGCGAGACUUUGCCCGGGUGAACAGCAUUUCUCCCGGCUACAUCGACACUGGACUCUCUGAUUUCAUCGAUCCCGAGACACAAGAGUUGUGGCGGAGAAUGAUCCCGAUGGGGCGCAACGGAGACGCGAAGGAGCUCAAGGGGGCCUAUGUGUAUCUCAUCAGCGAUGCUAGUACAUACACCACGGUUGCGGAUAUUGUGGUUGACGAUGGGUAUACUGCCCAGUAG